GCGAAAAAAAGGAAACAGUUCUACACCGAACUAUGAAUAACGACUGUGUGGAUUUGCGAUUAAAUUUUGAAAAUUUGUGUCGCUUCUGUCUUUCCCUAGAAGAUUGUGUGCCUUUGUUUAUCAACUCAACCAUAAACGAAAUCCUGAUCGAUGCUGCUGAUGUGCUCCUGCCUAAGGUUGAUGAGAACGAUGGACUGCCCAACUGUGUUUGUGCCCGGUGCCAUCAUAGGAUGGCCGAUUUUUCCAAAUUUGAGGCAACUGCUCUGGAAGUCUACAACAAGCUGCAAAGCGUCAUAGCUUACCUUGAUGAAGUAGAGGAUGAUUAUAAUCCCGGGUCUCAGCCGAUGCUCGAGGACGAUGCUAAUGACCAGCUAGAAACGUCCCCGAAUGCAAUUGAAGAUGUUCCCGCACAAGAGGUGGAAAGUACCGCACUGGAAGCCGAAAAGGCAGCAACAAAAACACACCCUGCAUCAAAACCCACCCGCCGCCCAAAGAAAGCUUGCCCCGUGUGCGGCAAGCUGGUGUCGCAGAUCAGCAAGCACAUGCCGGUGCACAGCAGCGCAACGAAACGCUUCGCCUGCGAGCAGUGCGACAAACGCUUUGCGCUGUCGGCCAGCUUGCGGAAGCAUCUGAAGAUACACCGGAACGUACGCAACUAUCGGUGUGAGCACUGUGGGGACAGUUUCUGCGAUCGGUCCUCGCUCAGGUAUCACCUGGCCAAGCAUCGGGGUGUGCCGGGGUUUGCGUGUGAAUUCUGCGACCGGCAGUUUUACACCUCGUCCCAGUGGAAGCAACACCAAAGCUUGGCCCACCGGGAGCGUACGUUUCGGUGUGAUGUUUGCGGGCAGGCGUUUCUGCUAAAACACCACCUGACGGAACAUGCCCAACUGCACACCGAUGGAAGUCCGCACGAAUGCGACGUGUGCGGUAAAGCUUUCAAGCGGGAACGAUACUUGCAUGUUCAUAAGCGACGCCGGCACACCAUGAAAGAGGAAGGGGAGUGAUGCCAUUGUUUCAUGAGGUGAAUUUAAGAGGAAUUGUACUGCUCUCUUGUACGAAGAAUUGCCAUUUUAAGCACUUCAAGCAGGACCUGGACCUAAACAUGGCUAUGAACCCUCCAUGUUGGAGCGUUGCUGCCGAGAUACGUUCAUCUCCUGUCCACUUUGUAGUUAAAUGCUCUAACGGGUCAACUAGACGGGUUUAUUUAUUAACUAGAAGGAUUUUAUCUGUAGGCCCUAGGUCCCAACAAUGCAUCAAUAACGAUGACAGCAAUCCCGGCGACACACAAAACCGUCCAAAUCUGAAAAAUAAUAAUACACCUGUUCUCACUUUCCUCUGAAUCUUUAUCCGGUUGCUAUGGAUCGCAAUCCAUGAGAUUGGAUCGCAAUCAACUACGUCUGAAUCGUUUGCAGCUACAUCUGAAUCGUUUUCAGCAACGUUUGGAUCGCUCUCAGCUACCUUUGGAUUUUACGGUAGCUCGCGCAAAUUUCGUUUUAGCGCACCGUUUAUUUAGUGACCAUUCGGCGUACAUCACGAUUCUCCUCACAACAGAACAAUACGAAAUUGUUGCUUUUCAAAUCGUCUAUGUUUUAACCCAAUUGAGAAUAUGUGUUAAAAACUAAUUUUUAAGCUAUGAACAACAUUUGACAGAUUUGUCUGCUUCUACGCAUCAGAACAGAUUUCCUCCAUUCUAAAGAUGGAAUAUCCGACUAUACCUCGAAACCCUGAACAAAACUGAAUGACCACGUAGGUCGUUACGCUAAAAAGAAGAAGAUUGUGCUGGUUUGUUUGGAAAACUUGGUCUAAUAAUCAAAAACGUAUGAAUGGUGAUGUAAGCUUCGUAUAAAAUACGAUAAGAUUUUACAAUUGAAUGCAUUACAUAAUUGUUUAGUUCUUUCCUUAGAGGGCAAAUGUGUCCCGCGGUCACCAAAUAAACUUUGCGCCGCAACGAGAUUUACGCGAGCAACCGCUAAAUCCAAAGGUAGCUGAGAGCGAUCCAAACGUAGCUGCAAACGAUUCAGACGUAUUGAUUGCGAUCCAAUCUCAUGGAUUGCGAUCCAUAGCAAACGGAUAAAGAUUCAGAGGAAAGUGAGAACAGGUGUAA